AAUUGAUAUAAAACAUGGUGUCAGGCCCAGUAGGAAAAGAUGUACCAAAUGUCAUGAGUGCUAUCCAUGGUGAUCAUACUGCAUGCCCUGGAGCACACACAGGGACUUCCUCAGGAACACACCAGAGUUAUCUCAGUUCUUGCCAGCGGGUAACUAGGUAGCUCCAUAUCUAGUUACCAGACUAACUCAUCAUCGUUAUCAGCAUUAUCAUUCAUGCAUAUUAAACCUGUGAUGUUUCUACAGACUGCUUAGUCUUUAAAACUCCUGCUUGCAAAACCAUGGCAGUGUAAUAAAGAGACAGAUUAUUGCUGAGUUCAGAGGGGUGGCAAACUUCAAAUAUACAGGUUUCAAAUUGAUUAACAAAUGCCAAAUAAAUGAAUCAGUCUACAAGUUGACAGGAGGAACGGCAACACAAUUGACAGAACUCAUCUACAGUUCGUAACUGGAAAAAUAUACCUUAUUUACGGAACACAAAGUACCCUGUAAACUAUUAAAAAAAAGCGAGUCAAGUAAUUCAAUCACUAUCACAUCACAGCUAUAGAGGUGGGACAUAACAGGUUUAUUGCCAAUUAUCAGCUACAAAGGAGGUCUGACAUUGAACACUUUGAUAUGUGAGUCUUCAAAGCUUUGCCAGGGCCAAAUCAUCUGUGCAGGUGCAUCGAUUUUAAACUGUAAAAUGACCCAUCAGUCAAGGAAAACAGACGGGGAAACCAAACAUUCUCUGUAUCAGAUACAAACUGCAUUACCAAAAGAGCACAAACUUUCUUGGCCUUCCUUAUGUUAAAUCGGUGCAUUUAUUUGCAAACUGAAGAAACUUAUCAUGACCAGUUUUUAAUCCAUAAAUGCGUUGCCCCAGAUUUUGGCUAAUGCGAUACAAGACAGUGUAAAUAUAUUUUGCAUACAUUUUAAUUGGAUAUUUGACAUGUGUGGGGGUUUAUGAAGUGAAUUAUAAACCAAAAAUGCAGCUGCCAAACUAAUCUUUGUCUCUCAACAAUUUCAUAUCAACCCCCUGUAGAUAGCAAUUUGUGCAAUGGGGCUGGAAAUAAAACAUUGAUUAUUACCCAAUUCAAACAACGUUUAAUUUGACUUUUGCAGCGCCCCCAUCAGGUGAAAUAGGCUUCAGGAUUGUAUGUCAUUUUUUAAAUGGUAAAAUUGAUUACAAUAUCUAGUGCGAACAAAUCAAUAACAUCUCAUCAGACAGUCAUCAUUUUUUGUACUUGUGCUAUUAGUACAGCACAUUUAGCAUCUUCCUGGCUGGAUCACUUCUGCUCCCCUCCUCUCUCAGGCAGGAGAGCCGCUGUAGGACUCCUACACAGGGCUCACUCCUCUAGCAUCCGCCUCUGAUCCCACCAUAUCCAUGACGAUUCGUGUCCGAGUUUACACAGUGGCGCACGUCCUGCUUACCAGUGCGUGGAGCCACAAGCGUGCAUGGCUGCGAGAGAUGUGCUGAGUGUAGGCUUCAGUGCAUACUGCCCUGCUCCAUGCAUCCCGCUUCCAGCCCCGAGGCACAGCACGGGCACCGCGCGCCUCUCAGUGUAUUAUGCCACGCUUCUCGUUUUCGUCAGAGGCCCGAAUGCGUUGGAGAUCGACGCCUAAGCAACUGUCGGUGCAGGGAUGCAUUUAUAGCACGGAAACCCCCUUUUGUGUGGAGAGAAGCGAUAGUGAGAGAGGGGAGUACAUUCAACACAGUGGACAGUCAGAGAGAGAGAGGGAGGGGACUGAAUUCACCAGUUUCAGCACCAUGGACAGAGUCACCAACUCUUUUCUCUUUGGAAGGAAUGAGCAAACGGUGAAUCUGUUCUGUUCCCUCAGCUGUCCCCUGGGACCCGCCAGGCAGUACUCACCAAAAGAACAAGAUCUCUCUUUUUCGGUAUCUGCCUCACGUGCAAGUCCACACCCAUGCACGGAGGCACUUAUGUCACUGAUCAAUAUCACUAUUUUACAAUAAACACAUAAUAAAUUAAGAUACAACACAACGUAAGGCCCAGAAAUAGACAAUACGAGCUGUAUUGGUCCCAUUAUUGUUUAAUAUGCGUUGAACUUUAUGAAAGUUUGAGUUGGUCAACUUAAAAACCUACUGAUUCAUAAAGCUGAGAGCUCUCUCUGGCUUUAGCUCUGCUUAGAUCCACUAGGAGCUGUCCAGUCCAGACUUCCUCUGGGAGCCCCCGAACAGCUCUGCUGGAGCAGCGGGGUUAAGUGCCUCGCUCAGGGACAGUUAGAUGAGUUGGCUGACGGGUGUCUAAAGAGCGAACGGAGGGAGACAACCACACCUACAUUUUCCACCUCGCCCCCGUGGAAUUGAACCGCCAACUUUCCCGUCAGAGUCACCGCUUCUAAAACAGCCACACUGGGUGUAAAGAAACCAGGGAGACCCCCGUGUGAGCCCUUGACUAACUUGCAGUCUUGGUUCUCCUUUAAAUUUUCUCCGUGGCUGGGUACUACAUUUGCCACUACCAUCAGCAACAGCGCUGCUUCUUGAUGUUGUGGUCGGGAAUACGCAUGCGCCCGGCAUUGGAAUUACUGCACUGGGAAGAAUAAGUUGGACCUCGUCUGUCUUCACCAAAAGAAAAAAAACACAUAACAUAAGUAUGGCAGUGUUCAGAAUAAGAAGAAUGAUGUGUUUUUGCGUCUGGUUGUUUCCCCUCGUAGUGGCCGUGGUGUGCGCCCAAAGUGCCGGUGUCAAUGACCCUAGCAAUAUGUCUUUGGUUAAAGAAACCGUGGAUAGACUCUUGAAAGGUUAUGAUAUACGAUUGAGGCCAGAUUUCGGAGGUCCUCCGGUUGGAGUGGGGAUGAAUAUAGACAUAGCCAGCAUAGACAUGGUAUCAGAAGUCAAUAUGGACUACACAUUGACAAUGUACUUCCAGCAGGCCUGGCGAGACAAGAGGUUGUCCUACUCUGAGAUCCCCCUCAACCUGACCUUAGAUAACAGGGUGGCUGACCAGCUCUGGGUCCCUGACACCUACUUCCUCAACGACAAGAAAUCGUUUGUCCACGGUGUCACAGUGAAAAAUAGAAUGAUCAGACUGCACCCGGACGGUACUGUUCUGUACGGUCUAAGGAUCACUACCACUGCUGCUUGUAUGAUGGACCUGAGAAGAUAUCCGCUGGAUGAGCAAAAUUGCACACUCGAGAUAGAGAGUUAUGGUUACACUACAGAUGACAUUGAGUUCUACUGGCGAGGCGGAGACAAUGCCGUGACGGGGGUGGACAAGAUUGAACUGCCGCAGUUCUCCAUUGUGGAUCAUAAACUCAUCUCCAAGAAUGUCGUCUUCUCCACAGGUGCUUACCCUCGUCUGUCCCUGAGUUUUAAGCUGAAGAGAAACAUUGGGUACUUCAUCUUGCAGACAUACAUGCCUUCUAUACUUAUCACCAUCCUCUCCUGGGUCUCCUUCUGGAUCAACUAUGACGCCUCUGCUGCCAGAGUGGCUCUAGGUAUUACCACGGUGCUCACCAUGACUACCAUUAACACCCACCUGAGAGAAACCCUCCCCAAAAUCCCCUAUGUCAAGGCCAUAGACAUGUACCUCAUGGGCUGCUUUGUCUUUGUCUUCCUGGCUCUGCUGGAGUAUGCACUGGUAAACUACAUCUUCUUCGGACGGGGUCCUCAGCGUCAGAAAAAGGCAGCUGAAAAGACAGCUACAGCCAACAACGAAAAGAUGAGGAUGGACCAACACAAGUGGCUGGUGGGGAAUGUAGUUGGCAGAGAUGAUACUCUGUAUGCAAGAAUGAAACAAAGGGAUCUUGAUGGUCAUGACUCGAUGUGGGAACCAAUCUUUGUGGAUGACGCAGCAAUCGGACUUGGCGAUCAAAAGAAUAAGAUGGACCCACAUGAAAACAUUCUUUUAGGCACCCUGGACAUCAAGAAUGACAUGGGCGUGUCAGAGCUGGCUCUGGGUCUCAAUGACCCACGAAAUACAAUGCUGACAUAUGACAGCUCAACGCUACAAUACCGCAAAGCAGGACUGGCCAGGCACAACUUUGGAAGAAACACGCUGGAGUGCCACAUGACUCAAAAGAAGAGCCGACUACGGAGGCGCGCUUCACAGCUAAAGAUCAACAUCCCAGACUUGACUGAUGUAAACUCUAUUGACAAAUGGUCGAGGAUAAUCUUCCCAACUGUCUUUUCCUUCUUCAACAUUGUUUACUGGCUUUACUAUGUCAAUUAAAAGAAAAAAAGGACAUCGGUGAGGGCAAGAACAAACAGCAAAAUAUGUUGCUCAUUUCUUGUUUGUAUCUGGUUUGUUUCAUUUUUUAUGUAAUCUCGUAAUACUGGACUGAAUUAUUAUAUUCAGGACAAGAUCCAUCAUAUCUUGGAAUACCACAUUUGCUGGCUAACACGUGAAAACCUUAUAAAAGAGAGAUUACAAACAUAUAAGGUGCCUGUUCCUGAGUAGUUGUUUAAAAUUUUAAAUAUUUUGUGAAUUGUGAAACAUUUUUUUAAAUGUUUGUUUGAAUAUUUUUUAUGUUUUUAUCAUGUUAGAUUUACAGCAUACACAAUUCAUUGCCAAAAUAUCAUAUCAGUUAGAUACAAACUGACAAGCUGACAUAUAUAAAUGGCCGAUACUUUCACUGACACUACUUAAAAAGUGCUGAAGCAAGUUUCAGGUCAACAGGGUUUUUUAAGAUAAGUUAUGUCAUAAAUGUAUUGUUACUGGAAUUAAUUUCCUAUUAAUAUUAUAGAGGCCUAAAGUUAACAAUGUGUAAUAUUAUGUAAUGGGAAAGACAUUUCAGAUCAACCCUUUUCUACUUUAAUAUAUUGGGAGAACUAUUUGAUUUAUUUCUGAGCAUUUUCUGAGUUCAUAAACCAUUUUUAUGGUGGCAUUAACUAUUAAGAACUAAGAUCAUUCCAAAACCUCCGGGUUUUAACUCAGAUUGCACUUAAUAAGCUUGUUGAAGGGGAAAAUACAUACUGGCAUAAUGUAUAGAGGCUUAAGGCUAAUACAGCCAAUUUGGAUUGUCAGUAUUAUGUUCUGUUAAUGGUGUCUGUUCAAAGAGAGUAAAGAACAAAAAGAGUAAGACAGAAAUAUGUAAGAAAGAAAAUCUCAAAUAUCUGUAUUCAGCCAAAUUGGCUUUACUUAUAUCUUAUCAUAAUUAUUAAUAUUGGAUUUAAUCCCAAAGCACAAAUACAUGGUAUGGGGACUGUAUCUGAGUAGUUUAGUCUUUGAGCAAAUAUCACCUAGCAUUUAUUAUAGGGAUAAUAUGAACUACAAAAUUCCCUUGCAGCUCUCUAAUCUCACUUUCUUGAUAUAUAUUCUACAUAUUUACAGUACCUUUAAAAAUGUCCACAACUGCUGACAAGGCACUUAAUGGACACAAUAAAUUAUUUUAAUGACUCCAUUGAUCCAUCGAAAGGCCAGAAUGAAUUAAAAGCACAAAAAUCAUCAAAUGUCAGCUUUUGAAACCAUUAUUAUAUCAUCUUUUUAUGCAGAUGAUUUAUUUAUUUUUGUUACCAAUGAGUCGUCCUAUUGUAACUGCCUCCCAAACCAGAUUAGGAUAUCAUAUUAUAGGUUCAAAACCUCUUACUCCUGUAUUGUUUCCUGAUUGAAAAAUAGGUUGAUGAUCAUAAAGAACAUAGACGCAAUUCCAAAAUGAAUUUAUUACAGAUACUAAUGAUGCUGUGCUUUUGACUGUAUGUACACAAGCUAGAUUUUAUAAAGGUUUUGCACACAAGUUCUUAAAAGCCAUAGAGGCUGUACCAUAGUUCUUCUAAUACCUGGUGCUUAUAGGGGCUGUAUAUAGAGGAACUUUAUUAAUAUGACUAUGAUCACAUUUUAUGUUUCGGUUACAGCGAGGUUAAAAUUUAAGAAUACAACUAGGGCUGCAAUACACAAGUGUGUCAUGUCCCCCUCCCCAUAGAUUUGCAACACUGUCAGUUUGAAUGAACUCUAUUGUUAUGGCCUGUGCACACACAAAGUAUGAAAUCAUUCAAAGAGUGAAAUGCAAACAUAGAAAGGAAGAGAAGGUAAUUAAAAUCACACUUAAAUGAGAACUAGUAACUGGAGCCUUUGUCUCCUUUGUCUCACAUGCUUAUUUUGAGUUCACCUAAAACAGCAAAUAUAAUUUAUGAUUUUAAAGGGAUGAUUUCUCCUGGUACACCAUUCAUUUUGUUUGUGGAGGUGUGAGUGAGCAUUCGUAUUCUAAUUGUUUACUUAAAAUGUAGCCAUAUACAGUUAUGUCUCACUGCAUGCUCUGUACAGUAGUAAUUCCUUGAUAUUCUGUUUCUGUCACUUUCUCCUUUCUCUCUGAAUUGUUUCAUUUCAUUUGUGCUUUUUGUGUUUAAUUCACCUUACAAAUGAGCAUACAUACAGUACGUCUGUAAUUAAUUUAUAAAGAGUAUGUCUGAUUGAUAUUGCCAGUAUUUAUGAUGAUGUUAAAAAUAUUUACAUUUUUCUAUCAAGCAUUUACUCAACAGUUGUGACUGUUUUAAGAAUGACACAAUGAUGCAUUUUCACAAGCACUGCCCAACAACUGAAAUGUAAAAUUUGGUUGAACAUUUUGCAUAGUUCUACCUUACAAUAAAGUCCAGUUCACUUUGAACAUUGGACGUUCACCUCACUGUUGUUUACAUGUUCCUCAUCAAAAUUAAUUAUUUUCACAUUGUGUUGAUAGAGGUACUGAAAACUGCACAUAGUAUAUUGCUUUUUAUUUUGUUUUUUAUUGUUCUGGUGAUUACGUCAACAAUGUUCUUCUUCAGAUCUUUCUUGUUUUUAAUAUACCUUUCUUUAAGCAAUUUUGUUUAUUUUGUAAAGAAACACAUAUCUGAAGGGAUCCAGAUAGAUUCUGACUUCUACUAGAAAACUGAUUAUUGGCAUUGUAAAGUUUUCUAUGGAUGAUUAUGAGUUGAACACAAAUUUGGGAUCAUGUCCCCUAAAAACAUAUUUAAAUCAUUAUGUACAUAUCAGUAUAUUAUUAAUCAGGAACAUAUUAUUACUGUAAAUAAAUACCUAUGACCUUUAAACAGAAAAUGCAAAAGGACCUUUUCAAUAUCAUGUAUACUGGAUUAAGAGAAUGCAAAAGCUGAUUUAUUUUACAGCAUCACUUGAUCACUUUUUGUUUCUUUUUGUUCUAUUUGUCAAAGCACAUUUCUUUUGUUUUGCCAAAAUGUAAUAUGUAAUCAUGAAUGUAGUUGAUAUUCUUUUGCAGCAUGAAUUUGCUGUAAUGUGUCAGCAAACGUAUAACAAUUUCUUGUACCAAUGAUCAGCUAAAUACAGCUUAAUGUAAACAUCUUUAUCAAACACACACACACACACACACACACACACACACACACACACACAGUACGUACAUACACACAAAGGGUCAAGCGAUAGCAAGGCUAGUGAGGCCUUUGUAUCAGCAUCGAAAGUUAAACAUCUCAGGUCAGCACAAUUCACACUACUAAGGACACUACAACCACAAACUACAACUUUAAACCCAAGAAUUGUACAUUACCUAAGGAAAAGUACUUUAGUGAGCUUGUUUCAGAUGUUUUCUCUGUAAUUUGUUUUAUCUGUUUAACACAAGUCCCUUAAUAGUGUAAACAGUACACAUAUACACUUUAUCUAGCAUUGGCAGAAUCUAAACACCUAAAUCCACCUCAGCCAUAGGAAAGUGUCAACCUACCCAAUAUAACUUAAUAACCUGAGAUAAGCUAUAUAUAUAUAUAUACACACACACACACACACACACACACACACACACACACACACACACACACACACACAGUUUAAUCUUCAGAAUAAUACUGUAUGUAGAAUGAUAUGGUGUAUUUGAGUGUGAGAGUGUGUGGUGGAUGUAUGUUGGCCAGACAGUAAUGUGUUUCCAAAGCACAACAGAAACUGGCAAGAAAGGUCUGCUUCAUAAGUUCUACACUUUGAAUAUGUGGUUGUACUUCACAGCGCGUUUUUGUUUCAUAUAUUUUUAUACUUCUAUACUCUGUGUAAAAAAAUAAAACUGCGAACACUGUUGCUUGGCAAAACCUUGUAAGUCCAAUUUUGGCAAUUUUCACAUUUAUACUAUACAGAAUGAUUACAUGUGUCUUCUGGGGAUUCUGAAAACUCAAUGACAUGUAUGCUUACAAAAUCGUUCAUGAUCCCUUGUAUAAAGUUAUAAAGUCUACAUGGUUGGACAUGGUUGAAAGUGGCUUUUGUUUUUUAAUUCCCGGAAAGUAAAGGUUUUUGGAAAUGCAAGGUUUUAAUCAGACAACAGAGUCUUCUCUGGAGAGCAAGGACAGACUGACAUCCUAUAGCCUAAAUGACAUAUCUUGGUGACAGUGUAUGUUUGCACACACUCACAGAAGAAGCCUUAGCCUCCUGCUGCCCUGGACUUCACUCCAAGGAGCAUCAAUCCUUCUUACCCUCUCAACACCCUCCACCUUGAGAAAUCCUUGUAUGUGCCACCCACGAGAACAUUCCCAGAAACCCAGAGCUGAACCCUUCUCAAAGAUAAGCCCUGUAAAAGUCAGUGUCUGUCUUUAUGGAAAACCUAUGGAAAUGAAUACAUUGUCAAUAAAUAUUGUAUACAGUUCUAAA